AUGGUAGGCGUGCCGGGCAAGUACAAAGGCUGCGAAACCUGUCGCCGGCACAGGGUCCCGUGCACCAACGAACGCCCACAUUGCCGCAAGUGUGUCAGCAGGGGACGAGAAUGCGAAGGGUACGACCGUGGGACGGUCUUCAUCACGGGCACCCCAGCAGGCAGGGGCCGGGUUGCUUCGCAUCCAAAGCGCGUCGCACCACGCAAGAAACAAAUAGCCAAGUUUCCACGGCCAGUGAUUGAGCGGGACAAUGACUCGCAAUCACCACCCAAGUUACUGGCAGGCGUCAUAAUACAAAAAUCGGCCUGGGACCACCGUCUAGACCUGUCCGGCAGCAGCAACGGCUGCUCGCCGCUCAUCGCCGCGCUGCACACCAGCCUGCAUACCAUUGUCCACUCUCCAGAAAUUCCUAUUGAAAACCAAGAUUACCAAGACAACCAAGAUCUUGGAAUCGCCCUCCCGCAGUAUUCACCGCUUGAGCUGCAUCAUAAUGCUCAUGUCAACGCCGCCGCGGCCAGUGCUCCGCACUGGAUCAGCGGCCAGUGUCUGCUCUGCCACCACGGUAUCCAGGGUGGCUCUCAGUCGACAGAUAGCUACUGUGAUCUUCUCUACGAGCAGUCCUCGCCCAAUACCAGCUGGCGCAUCGCAACCGAUUUGAUCGUGCAGAGGCUCGGGGCCGCCAACUUUACUUUGUCGCCCCAUCACCAAUUCUUUGUUCGCGUCUAUCGCCCCAUAGCUGUAUGCUUGGCCUUACUGAACCGCAAGGAGACUUUUUUGUCUGGACCAGAGUGGAUGGAAGUACCGUGGACCAACCACCGCAAGUCUUCUCUCGACACAUUGUUCGAUGUCAUACUACGCCUGCCGCCUCUGCUUACGCAAACGGACGACUUGAUUCCCCAGCACCCAAGCAUGGAGCGGCGAGACAAGGCCCAAGGUCUGCUUCAAAGCUGCGGCAUGUUGGAAAGGCAUUUCAUGGCGUGGCUGAGAAAGGCCGUGGGCUGUACAGAAGAGUUUUAUUCCUUUAAUACCACCACGUCUUCGUCGGCCCCCGUCGUUUAUGCGUUUCAUGACGAGCUGUCGGCCUUUACACACUUGUACUACUGGAUGUCCCAGAUGUUGUUCCACCGCUGCAUCGAAAACUUGUGUGACAUUGUCCACCAACCCAUGCCGGACCUUGUUGCUGAUCUAUGGCCGACACGACCAACAACAAGCCUACAGGUUGACCCAGAGCAGUACCGCGAUGGGCGUCAGCUGGCAUCCAAGAUCUGCCGCGGACUGGACUCAGCCCUCAGCUGCACGUCGCAGCCUGACCUGCUCGUUGCGCCGAUGACUGUGGCGAUGGACUUUUAUUUAGGCCUCAGAAUGACGUCUCCAGAUGGUACGUCUGAAAGUAUGGAGCUGCAACUCUUUCGAGGUCGCCUUAUCGCCAAAGGGCACGAUGUGGUGCGUCGUGACGGCGACACGCAGGAUACAGUCUUUGCUGGCACUGGCACUCCAGCCCAGCACGCUCUCCAGGCCGUCUUGUCUGCCAGUACCAGUAACGUUACCAGCAGCAACGCGUCUCAGCACACCAGUUGUCUGCCAGUAUGGAGAAGCAGCCCAUCCUCGUUUUUCCCUGCUCCCACGAAAUCGCAGCUCGACAGUGUGCUUAGCAACCCCAGAUCUACUGGUGCCGGGCACUACUAG